CGAGCUGGCCCCGGCCUCCACCGGCCUCCAGCCUCCUCCGGCCUCGUCCGGCCUCCAGCCUCCAGCGGGCCGAAGCGUUGGGGGCGGCAGGGAUGGAGAUGGAGCGGGGCUCCAGCAACAUCCAGGUCCUCCUGCAGGCCGCCGAGUACCUGGACCGGCGGGAGCGAGAGGCCGAACACGGCUACGCCUCCCCGUGCCCGCACCCCGGCCAAGCCCCGGCCCCGCACACCCGCAGACCCAAGGCGCACAGGGCCCUGGACAGCCUCAGGUCUGUGCACAACGAGCUGGAGAAGCACAGGAGAGCCCAGCUGCGGCAGUGCCUGGAGCAGCUGAAGCAGCAGGUCCCCGUGAGCUCGGACUGCGCCCGCUCCACCACGCUCAGCCUCCUGCACCGUGCCCGGCUCCACAUCAAGAAGCUGGAGGAGCAGGAGCAGGGAGCCUGCCGGCUGAAGGCCCAGCUCCGCUCGGAGCGGCGGAGCCUGCAGCAGCGACUCCAGCAGCUCCGCGGCCCGGCCGAGCGGCUGCGGGUGGACAGCCUCGACUCCUCCGGCCUCUCCUCCGAGCGCUCCGACUCCGACCAAGAGGACCUGGAGGUGGACGUGGAGGGCGUGGUGUUCGGCGCAGACGAGGACCUGCUGAGUAGCGGCUUCAGCACCGGGAGGGAGCACAGCUAUUCCAACCGGGGCGCCUCCUGGUUAUGACCGGCGGGGAGACACAAACGCGUGUGCGUGUGUGUGUUGGGGAGAGGAGGGGCGGGUCACCUCAGUUCUGUCCCCUCCCCCGCCCCCCCGGGCUUUGGGCUGUAGAGCAAGACGGCCCCCGCUCCCUCACCCGGGACAGCCCGCCAUCCUCUCCGCCCAGCCGAGGGCCAGACUGAGUGGGAAAUGGUGGGGCGAGGACUGAUGGCCCUUCUCCCGGGAGCCUCGCCUCCCCCCUUCCCCUGCCUGGGGCGACCAGCCUCCUCGAGCCGAGCCUCGGGCAAGCAAGGGCGCUUCCGGGCCCGGAGCAUCGAGCGCAGCUCGUCUGCCCGUGGCCCACCCGCCGGACUGUGCCCCUCUGGGGCAGGGAAGCACUUGGGAGGCCAGGCCGGUCCUGGGCUGGUCUCCCCACCCCCUCCCUCCUCCUCAUCCCACAAGCACUUGAGAAGGGAGCGGGGGCGGCGACUGGGCCAGCCCAAGCCCCCGCCCCGCCGGGGGAAGGAAACCCUGGCUCCUGCCCCUGCCCCUCUCCAGCAGUAUUUUUCAGUAAAGUCUUUUUCUUAACCGUG